ACUGUGUGAAGGUCUGCACCGUUAACCCUGUGAUAAGCCAGCGUGUGGAACUUAUCAAGUUAGAUGACCGGGGGUAGGUUACCUCCUGGGAGCAUUAGAGUGUUUUGGGCCCUUGGCUAUCUUACUGCCAGCACGGAAUGUCACAAAAGGGAAGGCUUCGAGAAGUAAAGCCUUCAUUCGCUCUAUUGUGGAAGAAAUAUAAAGGCUUGCGAAUUGUUUGCUCAGCCCAUUCAUUACAUUUUUUCACCUUUCCGCAAGCCCCCUACAAUUACUACAACAAUGGCCAACAAGGCAAAACUCGAGGCACUCCUGACUCUGAUCAACACAUCCGCACGAGAUGCCAUUGCGUUGUAUGAGAAGUACGGUGAUGUACCCACCAUAGACCAGAUGGAGCCCCACCCGUUGGACGAUGAGGUCGACCAAGUAGCUUUGAAGAGUGCUAUUCGUACUUUUGAAGGUGCUUCUGCUCAGAUAAGCACGACACUUGCUCCACCUGCCCAUACUGCAAUCAACCUUGUCCAAGUGUAUGAUCAUGCUUGCGUGCGAGUAGCUGCUCGGGAAAAUAUUUCAGAUAUUCUUUUGAAUUACCCGAAGGCCACGAGAGGUUGCUACAACGAAGUUGAUAUGGACGUUUUUGCCAACAACCGACUGUCUCUAAUCCUGCUCAAUGCGAACCCUGUCAGGCACAUGAUCUUGCUUCACGUGGAGCCAGUUGCCAGGGGAGCAGCAGUAUUCUAUGAGACACUCAAAGAUCCGAAGAUUGCGUACUCGUAUGAACCAACGGUUGCCCCCGUGAUGUACGCCAUUAACAAAGAAGGAACUGAAGGAACGUUCUUCGACUGGAUGGCGCGGAAUGACGGCCAACGCGAGUCCUAUCAUACCUCGAUGAGAGCUCUGAACGUCAUUAUGGGCUCCCUCGCUGUCUUGACUCAUUUCCCAUUCGAGAAGUACUCCACGGUUGUUGAUGUUGGAGGAGGUAUCGGAGCAUUUUCUCUGCCUUUGGCCAAAACGCACAAAAACGUGAAAAUCAUAAUCCACGAUCUUCCGGAAGCAUUGGUCCAGGCGAGAGGCAUCUGGGCGAGAGAAUGCCCUGAAGCCCUGGCAGAAAACAGAGUCCAGUUCGAGGAUUUGAACUUCUUCGAACAAGUGCCCGUGAAGGGUAAGGACAUCUACUAUCUCAGAAAUAUCAUCCACGACUGGCCUGACCACGAAUCUGCGCUCAUUCUUUCCAACCUUCGCAAGGCGCUCGGUCCAAACAGCCGUGUCCUCAUCCAUGACUACGUGCUCCGCCAGCUUAGCCGCAAGCAGGCAGCAGCAGAAGCUUCAAACCUGGGAGUUACUUCGGCUCCUGAACCUCUUCUUCCAAACUAUGGUGUUGGAAGUAUGCGUGCGUACGAGCAAGACAUGACUAUGUGGUUAGUACACAACGCAAAGGAGCGAACAUUGCAAGAUUGUUUCGCACUCGCCACUGCUGCUGGCUUGAAACUGGAGAAGGUCUGGGACCUUGCCGAAGCAUGCGUCUUGGAGUAUUCUGCCGCAUAA